AUGGAGGCAAAAUACACCGCCUGGCGAAACACCUACCUCCGAUCAUCCCCCUCAGGUCUCUACUGCUACUACAACUCCGCGGGAAACAAUGGCAACGCCAUAACCUGUUCCGAAGCUCAUGGCUACGCAAUGCUCAUUUCUGUCCUUCAUCGCAAUAAGCCUGACUUUGACGGCCUGUUCAUUUUCUUCCUCAAUUUCCGCAACGAUCAUGGGCUGAUGUGUUGGCAAAUUCGUUCUCCUCACCAACCCUCAUCCCCCGUAGGUCCGGUGCAGCCUUAUGUUGAGGAGGAUGGUAAAACUUCAGCUACGGAUGGGGAUGUAGAUAUUGCCUCCUCCCUAUAUUUGGCUUCGAGGGUGUUUGGAGAGGGUGAUGGAGGUUAUAGACUUGAAGCGGACAAACUGGCUAGUGCGAUACUGAGGUGGACAAUUCAUCCUGAAUUGGGGACUCCGUUGAUGGGUGAUUGGGCAAAUAGAGAUUCAGAAGAGGCGAGCAAGUUGUAUGAUGCUACUAGGACUAGUGAUUUUAUCCUAUCUGCUUUUGCACUUUUUGCACGUCAGCAUAGGGAUUCGGCGGAAAGACAGAGGUGGGGGCGGGUUUUGGAGUCGACUAAAAGAGUAGCUCUCUCUUGCGGAGGCACUACUGGCUUCCUUCCCGACUUUCUCCAGUACGAGGCAAAGACGGCAACCUGGGACCCACCAAAAGGCCACCUCCUGGAAUCAGAACACGAUGGAGCAUUAAACUGGAACGCCUGUCGUACACCGUGGAGGUUAGCUCAUUAUUUGGCGACAACAGGGGAUACGACCAUCUUACCGCUGUUACAGCAUGCCCAUGGAUCCGUUAGACGAAUGAAAGCGUUCAACUUUCCUUCUAUUCCAGCGGGGAUAAAGCUAGAUGGUCACGAGGCGAAAGCUCUGGUGGACUAUUCGGAUAAGGCGUUCAUUGCUCCUGUAGGUUACCUGUGUCAUGUGCUGGGUGAUGCGGAAGGGCAACAGAGCUGUGUAAGGGCAUUGGGUGAUGAAGAGGCAAGUUACUUUGGGGAUUCGAUUGACGUGCUUAUUGCUGAACAGGCUAGUCAUUCGCAUGAGUGGUUACUGUAG